CUCAAUUUGAAAAUACCUACCAAGAUACCUACCAAGAUAGAUUUUCCCAUUCCUCUACGGCUUUUUCUUCUUGCGCUACUUUGAUUUAUCCGUCCGCCUCAAACUACUUACCAUACUCUCGUAACAAAUAGGAAGAGAGGUAUAUCUCUUGUUGACGUAGCCAUACUCUUUCACCUACCUAUUUUGUUUUCUUCCUCUUUGGUUCGUUUUACCUACCGUAUCCUUAUGAGGAAAAGCGCGUAUCGAGCCAAAUACACACACACACACACACACACACCAGUGGCAGUGAGAGAAUCGGGAGAGAGGAGAAGCGAAGAGAAGAGAGAAGAGAGGGAAGAAAAGAAAGAAGGGAGAAGGGAGAAUAGAGAAGAAGAAGAGGGGAUUAGAAAUCUCCAUCUAAUUCCUUUUCUUUAUCAUAUUCCGAGACGGUGAAUAUCUGGAUUACUUUGGUAGUGCCGGUACUAGACCUAUCUAUCUACCUACCCUUACUGCAUCGUCCCCAUCUAGGAUACCUACUACCUAAGCACUAGGUGGGUAAGAAAAACUUGUUGGGCGGCCAUGGAUUCUCGACAGCCGCCACAACUCCCUUUUGCUCGUAACGCCGCUGCAUCGCCACCAGUUUAUGCACGAUCGCCCUUCCCACCCGCGUCUAGCUCAGCUUCGACAGCGACAACAUCGUCACCCUUUCAUCCCUCGAAUCCUGCGUCUGCAAGUCCUGCUGCGUACGGCGAACAUCAGCGACGACCAUCAGACACGAGCCCUUUCUACCCGCAAUCAAGGCCACCACCAUCUUAUGCGCCAGAACCGACCUCACACCCUACACCAAGUCAUUCGCGACACCCAAGCUCAUCGUCAAUUAAUGUCCCCCUGACCCGUAAUAUGCCUCCCCCCUCACCUCCUCAGCAUCAGAAUCAAAAACCGCAGGCUCCUCAUCCUGCGCAUCAGAUGGGUCACUAUGGCGGUCCACCUGCGCCAAGAGCUCCUCCCGUGAAUCUGGGUCCCCCGAGCGCGUUUCCUUCGGCUCGAGAGCUUCCCGCACUAAAUUCCAUACCUCGAACGGGGAGCACGGGAGGGAGCAUGUCAAUAUCUUCGAUGCUUGGAGGGCCCCCGCCAGCUCGUGAGCCUACUCCUGGCCAUCCGACUUCUUUUCCACCCCCUGCCACCACUUCUUCUGUUUCAGGACCCGCAUAUGCCGCGCCGGUCCACGCGUCACCUAGAAUGCAGGCCGCAAACGAAUAUGUCGCUUAUAAUAGGAGGCCCCAAACACCUGACCAAGGUAGACCGUUUGACACAAGAGAUCAUAGGGGUAACGUAGCCGGGUCGCCGCCGCAGGGCAUGUACGGAACUCCUGAAUUGUCCCGAUACAACACACCACAGGCCUAUCCGCAGCGUGGCCCACCGAUGCCGUCGGCGGAAGAGAGAAGAGAACCGCCGGGCCGGAUUCCUCCUGCUAACGUACCCCCUAGACCGAGUAGUCAGCCCAGAUCUUAUCACGGCAUGCCUCCGCGGCCCGUAGAGAUGGGGAGGGCACCUCCGCCUGGCGACCCCGUAUAUGGGAGGCGAGAAGAGGCGCGACCACCUGGCCCACCCGAAUAUAACCCUGAGCGACCACCUCGGACCAUACCCUAUGAAGAACAGCGUCGCUUCCUUUCAGAACGGGAAAUGAGAGAGCAGAUGAAUCGAGAACAGAUGAGCCGGGAGCAGAUGACUCGGGAACAAAUGAGCCGAGAACAGAUGAACCGGGAACAUAUGAGUCGGGAAGCCGAGUUUAUGGAAAGGGAAAGAAGAGAGAGGAUGCAGUAUGAAGAGCAGCGCCCAUUUAUGGCAGAAAGAGAACGAAUCGAGAGAGAAAGAGAAAACCAGCGCGAGAUGGAAAGGGAGAGGGAAAGGGAAAGGGAAAGGGAAAGGGAGAGGGACAGAGAAAGAGAAAUGGAGAUGCGUGAGAGGGCUAGGAGAGAAAGGACAACGUCGGACCCGAGUCGUCCGCAUGGUCAACAUCCUGUGGAACUUGGUCCUCAGAUGCUUUCGCGACAGCCGCCUUAUGGAAGACCAGAUGCUCGAGAUCCUCGCGAUCCAGCAGCCUGGCAACGACCUGGUUAUGAUCAGCCACCACCGCGAGAUGCGUAUGGCCAGGCUUAUCCGGGCCCGCGACCAGGCGAAUUUCCCUCGACUACGGCCGCGCCAUACGGAACGCAUCCUGCUUAUGCACAACCUCCUCCCCACGAACGUUUCCCACCGACUGGUCCGCCCCCUCAUGUGAUGCCCGUCAGCCAACCAGGCCCUCAACCUGCGCAUCCAUUUGAGUCUCCUGAUAGACACCGGUUUGUUCAGGCGCACCCUCAACAGCAACCGCCGCCGCCGCCGCCUGCUCACCGAGGUCGUCCCGUCGAGGAAGCUCCACCCCCCCCUUCGGUUGCGUAUAACGGUGGUCCUGGCUCAGCCGCGUUUGAGGCCGGCCGGCCACGCGUCAUGGACGAAGGUCCUGCUCCUGCUGGACCUCAGAGAGGUUUCCUCGGUAUCCAAGAGAUUAAUCGUAAAGGACGGGUGUCCCCGCUGCCCCAGGCGGUUCAGGGCGCGCAACCUCAGUUACAGGGCCCCGCCGGCGAGCCUGGGAUCAAGAGUGAAUUCGGCCGAAUGUUCUCCGGCAUAGGAAGCGGUGUUCGCGGAAUCGGUGUCUCUAGCCCAGUGCCACCUGUGAUGCAAGCCCAAUUCUCUAACGCGGGGCCUACGCGGCGUGAUGACGAGCAUCCCGGCCACGAGGUGCUCGUGGAAGCCCCGGCGAAGGCGCCUGCUAGAGGAAAACGAAGGAAGGCCAAGGACGAUGACGGCAAAGGUGAUGACGAUAGUACUGGCAGGGUUACGCCGGUCGGUCGGGCUAAGCGUCCCAAGACCCACGCUCAUCACCACCAUCACCAUCAUCAUCAUCAUCACCAUCAUGGCCCGGAAAGAACCACUUCGCCCCUUCAAGCAGCCAAUGGGCAACUCAAAAACCUCAAAACUAACACACCGAUACCAUCUCCUACCAACAAAGAUUUCUCGAACCUUACUCAUCAUCACCAACCUCCCAGAUCAGCCGCGGCUCCGUCUUCGAAGUCGGCGGCCCCGGGCCCUACCAUUAUACCCAAGCCGAAGCACAAGAUCUCGUCCCAAGCAGUUCUCGACAGCGUCGCGGAUCGACCGCGGAAACACCUUGGUGACGUCGUGUAUCAUGCCGUCCUAAAGCCUAGCAAGUUAGAAUCGUCUCAUUCCAAGUUCGGCUAUUCGUCCAACCCGCGCCCGCUUCCGAUGGACGUGAUCAAAGGGAACGAGAAUUCGACUCUGACGGUGAAGAUUCCCCGCAUUCACCUGAGCCCGUCCGCGCGAGAGGAGAUUACGUCUCGUCGAGCUGUGUGGGGCACUGAUGUCUACACGGACGACUCGGAUGUUGUCGCCGCCUGUAUCCAUGCGGGCUGGAUUCGGGGUGAAUGGGGCGAUGACGUUGACGUUGAUUUGUUAGAUUUGUACAAACCCGCAACCACAAAGAAGCAGCGCGCAAUGCCUGCCGAGCAACCACUCGAGGUUCUCACUUCACCGCCGGCUUCUGGUCCCGCUCAAAUACCCGCAGGUCGCGACUUACACGUGACGCUCUUGGUGCUGCCCGCGCUCGAUAAAUAUAGUAGCUCGACACGCUUCGGAAUCCAGAGCCGCGAAUUCGGUGGGACGUAUAACGGGCGCAAGUCGAUUCACGAUGGCAUUAGCUUCAUGAUAUUGAAUGUGCGAUGGGUGGACGGCGCGGCACCGCAGAGCAGGCUUCGGGGUAAGGCGCGUAGGGAACGAAUCAGAAAAGCGAUGAGUGAGGUAGACCGGAGCCAGGUGGUGGAUAUAGGGGAGAAAGAGCUCUUGAGCAAGAUGGUAGCGGCACGAGAUACUGACUCCGGCAAAGAGAACAGUGGGAGGAGGUCAGCCGAUAACAGCAUCGGGGAGGGCAAUAAAGAGAACCGUCCCGCCGCAGCGGCUUUAGUCGAUGCUACUCCUACACCGAAACAGGAAAAGCCUAGCAUGGACACGAAAAUGGACAUAGAUGAGGAUGUGAAGGACAAAAGCGACUCGGCGGAUAGUCAAAGUACGAAGACGGCAAACACGGCGAAUACCACCGCUAUUCCCGCUGCUGGGAAAGAACCGGAGAAUCAAGGAACGAAUGAAUAUACAGAUGUAUCUACGUAAACACGGGCUCGAUACUCACCGAGUCCCGCCAGGGGAGGGAUACGAUAGCAGAGCUGGAUGUACAGUAGAAGGUUCUGACAAGCGCUGCUUUUCUUUUCUAAUUUCCUCUUUAUACUGUAUCCUUGCGCUAUGGCUUUGAAAGAUACCUGAUACCUACCUAACCUACCUAACCUACCCAACUCGUGUUUGGUCUUUUCGCGAUUCUACAUAUAUAUAGCAUAGCGCGGAGUUUUGAGCAUGGCUAUACGUGAUGUAUAUAUUUCCUUGAUGCUGUACUUUACUCGAAAAGUCGGCAGUUUGGGCAUAUUUACCUAUAUUAUGUGUGAUGGGAAUGGAAAUGGAUGAAUGAUCCCUGACGCGGUAUGCUUAUUAUACUAGGUACAUAUCAAAUACACCAUUAUAGAUCUACAUAGAUACCUACCUUCCUACCUACCUAGGUACCUAGGUAUAUUCUGGAAUCACGACACGCUCAUUUCAACAGACUGACAUGUAGUACCGG